AUGGCUCCUCUCAGACUUCGCGUGGAAGGAAACGUUUUCCGAGAUUCCCAUGACCGAGAGGUCAUACUGAGAGGGAUAAACCUCGAUGCUACUGCGAAAUAUCCGCGGAUCCCAGACAUUCCAUCUCACGAAGUCAACGGGUUCUAUGAUGGGGACGAUGUCUCCUUUAUAAAUAGACCAUUUACCCUCGAAGACUCUCACGCCCACUUCUCCAGGUUAAAAAAAUGGGGUUACAAUCACAUCCGGUAUGUGUUUACCUGGGAGGCGAUCGAGCAUGCAGGGCCUGGCCGGUAUGACGAAGAUUGGAUUACAUUCACCAUCGAGCUGCUGAGGAUUGCGGGAUCUUAUGGUUUCUAUGUAUAUAUGGACCCACAUCAGGAUGUGUGGUCUCGUUUCUCAGGCGGUUCUGGAGCUCCAAUAUGGACGCUGUACGCUGCCGGGCUUGAUCCUCGGAAUUUUCAUGAUACUCAAGCUGCUCUGGUUCAAAACACGUACCCCGACCCGGCGGCGUUCCCAAAGAUGAUCUGGAGCACAAACUAUACCAGGCUUGUCUGCCAAACGAUGUUUACUCUAUUCUGGGCUGGGAAAGACUUUGCCCCGAAGGCAAUCAUUGAUGGCAUGAAUAUACAGGAUUACCUCCAAGAUCAUUUUAUUGCUGCCUGCAAGCGUCUGGCGACCAGAAUCCAUGAGGCGGGGGACUUGGAGGAUGAUGUGGUCAUUGGAUGGGAAAAUAUCAACGAACCUCACAGGGGUAUGAUUGGGAUUCCAGACAUUUCUCUUAUCCCAGCCGACCAACAAUUGCAGCUCGGGACAUCGCCGACUGCCUUUCAAGGAAUGAUGACGGGCUCCGGCUAUCCCUGCGAAGUAACGCAGUGGGAGUUUGGCACUUUCGGACCAACCCAAACAGGCAGGACGCUGGUUGACCCGGAGGGGAAGUCUGUCUGGCUUAAGGCAGAUCGUGCUGAUUUGUAUGGGUGGAAAAGAGAUCCUCAGUGGAAGCUUGGAGAAUGCGUCUGGGCGCAACAUGGCGUAUGGGAUCCUACUACGCUCACUGUCCUACGCAGUGGUCACUUUGGCUCACAUCCCAGGACUGGCGUGGCCUUGGAUUAUGAAGGAUUUAUCAACACAUACUUCCUAGAACAUUAUCGGAAAUACCGCGAUGCUCUAAGAAGUGUUCAUAAGGAAACAAUCAUGUUUUGCCAACCCCCAGUCCUGGAAAUACCACCAACUAUUAAGGGGACCGUAGACGACGACCCGAACAUGGUCCAUGCUGUCCAUUUCUAUGAUGGACUAACCCUCAUGUCAAAACAUUGGAACCGGUAUUAUAACGUUGAUGUUGUUGGAAUACUACGUGGGAAGUAUUGGAUCCCAGCAUUUGGCCUUAAAAUCGGCGAAACUGCGAUUCGAAACUCCUUCCGUGACCAAUUGCAUUACCUUCGUGAAGAGAGUUAUAAAAAUAUGGGCAACCACCCGCUGCUGUUGACAGAAACGGGGAUCCCUUAUGAUAUGGAUGAUAAACACGCAUACAAGACCGGUGAUUACUCUAGCCAGAUCAGUGCUAUGGAUGCAAACCAUUUCGGCAUCGAAGGGAGCGGUGGUAACGGGUAUAGCCUCUGGACUUAUGCUAGUGAGAAUUCACACGAAUGGGGAGACAAUUGGAAUGGCGAGGAUUUGUCAAUUUACUCGCCAGACGAUUUGGAGCUGCCAAUCGCGAAAUCGCUAGAUACCGGUAUGACCACGUUGGACCCUUCUUCUCCAUCAUUUUCACAGAGCAGAGCCAGCUUACAAACUAUUCGGGUUGAACCGGAUAAUUUGAAAGCAGCUCUCCCCACCGCGUCAAUUACUACAGAGUCCCAGCAAAAGGAAGGUGGAAAGCACCGAGGGUUCCGUGCUGUUGAAGCAUUUGUGCGGCCUGGCCCAGAAGCCGUCCAUGGGCACGUAAUGAGUUAUGGCUUUGAUCUGCAUAACUGCAUCUUUACGCUAUCCUUAACCGCUGACUCCUCUACCGCAUCCGAUGCCCCCACUCUUAUACAUCUUCCAGAACUACAUUUCCCGAAGGACAAGUCCGAGGUCACUGUAAGUGGUGGGAAAUGGGAGAUCUUCUCUCAAGAGUUCAAGCAUGGGACCGUUCAAUUUUUGAGAUGGUGGCAUGCUGAGGGAGAUCAGAAUAUAAAAAUCCAUGGCGUCAAACGCGAGCUUUCUGUUGUUAUUAACCCUCCGGACGAGGAAGGGUAUAUCGAACAGUGCAAGCAACAUUCAUGCAUUCUGAUGUAA